AUGUUGGCUUUAAAUCAUUCGCUAAGUUACCAGAAACAAAUAGUUGAAAGUUAUUUAAUUUCUUCACGUCGCAACUCAUUUGAGUCAACUGCUUCGACUGAAACAGCAUCAUCACAAAAUUCUCCAAUAUCAACAACUCCACCUACACCUAGUGAAUUUGAUAAUAACCAUCACGCACCUGAUAUUCGUACGGCUGUUAAUAUACUUGCUUCUGUUCAUUCAUCGAAACUUCACAAGGGAAAUAAUAGUAAUAAUAACAAUGACUCAACUUCUACCAGUUCUUCUGGAAACUCUCUUAUUAAUAAUCAUCAUAAAGUAACUAAAAGAACAUCUUCUAAACCACCUCGUCAAUUACAAUGCUUUAACUGUGGUAUUAAGAAUACUCCUCUUUGGCGGAGGACUCCAGAUAGAAUGCAUUCGCUUUGUAAUGCUUGUGGUUUAUAUUAUAAACAAUAUCAUGUUCACAGGCCGCUUCACAUCAUACACAAGACAAGAACUUCAUCAUCUAAAUCAUAUCCAUACAUUUUACCAGCAAUGAAAGGUGAGGAUGAUGACACUGAUGCCAUGAUGGAUGAUAUGUCAGAUAUGUCAUCUGAACAUCUUGGCCAUGAAUCAAAUUAUGAUGAUUAUAGUUUGGACAGAAAUUGUGUUGAAUCUCCGAUAUACAGUGGCGCUAACUCGAUCGAAACCCAAAACACCACCCCCAUUUUAUCACCUACUUUACCGCCAUUAAUAUCAUCACCAUCUUUAUCAUUUGAUAUGCAAAUACAAUGUGCGAAUUGUGGUCAAACCCAAACACCACUUUGGCGAAAAAAUGACAAGGGACAACCACUUUGUAAUGCAUGUGGAUUGUAUGCUAAAUUACAUAAUAGAGACAGACCUAUUGCUAUGAGAAAAGCAAAGAUUCAACGUAGACGUAGAGACUGGAAUAAAUAUAAUCAGUUGGAUGAAGUGAAAAAAGUUUCACCGUCACCAGAUAUUGCUGCACAGGCUCUUUUGAUUUUAGCGACUGCUGCUGCAAAAUUUAUUUCACCGCCAUUUAAUAACCAAAACGAUUUACAAUUUAAAAAUUAUGUUGAUCAAAUGUCUAAAAAGCAAAUACAAGAUUGUUUAAUGAUGUUAGAGCAAAGGUGUAAUAUUUUGAAAUCUGCAUUAGUUAAAGUGGAACAACGUCAAGAUGGGGAUAAGAUGGAAGUGGAUAAAGAGGAGGAAAAAGGUGAUGAAGGCAAUCAUUCAUAG